AUUAGCAUCGCUCCCUACUCGAACAAAAAACAAUGAAAAUUUGGUCACUCUUAUUCCUUGCUACAAUUUUGUCGACAUCCCAUGGAUCACACAUAGAAAUCCCCAACCAAAUUCACUCUCUCCGGCCGCAGUCCGGGGCUGCCGGAACUCAUGUUCCCGGCCUAUCCUGCCUGAGUUGGCGACUGGGCGUGGAAACCCACAACAUCAUUGGCUGGUCCACCAUCCCUCAGGCGUGCGAAAACUACGUCGGACACUACAUGCUCGGCCACCAGUACCGGAAAGACUCCAAAGCUGUCACUGAUGAAGCUUUGCUCUAUGCAAAGAGUCUCGCGCUUGGCGGAGAUGGCAAGGACAUUUGGGUUUUUGACAUUGAUGAGACUGCACUCUCUAAUCUACCUUACUAUGCUGAGCAUGCACAAUUUGGAGCACUGCCAUAUAACUCAACACUUUUCAAUGAAUGGGUCAACACUGGCAAAGCACCACCAUUGCCGGAGACUCUCAAGCUGUACAAAAAGCUGCUCUCUCUCGGCUUCAAGAUUGUCUUCUUAACAGGCAGACCAGAAUUGCAGAGAAGUGUCACGCAAACCAACCUAAAGAAUGUAGGAUUCUACACUUGGGAGAAGCUCAUACUCAAACCAUCUUCCGCGACAAGUAGUACAGCAGUUAUAUACAAAUCGAGUCAGAGGGAAAAACUUGAGAAGAUUGGAUACAGGAUCAUUGGCAACGCUGGUGAUCAGUGGAGUGAUCUGUUAGGUACCCAUGUCGGCAAUCGGACUUUCAAGCUGCCUGAUCCAAUGUACUACAUUAGUUGAAUGUUCAAAAUCAUGGAUGUUUUGUUCAUGAGACAAGAUUUCAAAUGUAGGUUUUGGGGGUUGUGAAUUGUGAUGGAACUGAUAUAAAGUUUCAUGGCCAAGUUUACUGAGAUCUUUAAUUGUUUCAAUUUGAAUGCCUUUUUGAAGUAGAAUUG